CCUUAAGCCGCUCUGUUAGUUUGUUCUGGUCUCUGACGCACAGCGAAGAUGAACCACGGGGACCGCUACACCUCUUCGUCCUACCGGAAGAUCUUCGGGGAUUCUCCCAAGUUCCCCAUGUCUUCCUCGCGUAUGGGGGCCUCUUCUCCUCGGGCCUCCCCGGGGCUCCGGUCCAUGGCGGCGUCCCGCCACGGCGCCUCCUCCCUGGGCAUGUACCGGCGGCUCGGCCGGUCCGGCUCCUACUCCCCGGUGCCCACCGACUCGCUCGACCUGACGCAGACCUCCGUGGUCAACAGUGAGUUCAAAGUGGUCAGGACCAACGAGAAGGAGCAGCUGCAGGGCCUGAACGACCGCUUCGCCAUGUUCAUCGAUAAGGUCCGGCACCUGGAGCAGCAGAACAAGGGGCUGGAGAUGGAGCUGGUGACGCUGCGGCAGAGGCAGGGCGAGCCGUCCCGCGUCGCCCACCUCUACCAGCAGGAGCUAAGGGAUCUGCGGACUCAGGUGGAGGAGUUGAGCAGGGACAAGAACCGCAUCCUGAUCGAGAGGAACAACAUGGAGGACGAGCUGCAGAAGCUCAGUUUGAAGUGCGACGAGGAGAUGAGGGCACGCGAGGAAGCCGAGCAGACCCUGAGGUCCUUCAGGAAGGACGUGGACGACGCCACGGCCAUCCGCCUGGACCUGGAGCGCCGCUUGGAGUCGCUCAUGGACGAGAUCGCCUUCCUGAGGAAAGUGCACGACGAGGAGAUCCAGGAGUUGAGCAGCAUGAUGGAGGAGCAGCACGUCUCCGUUGAGCUGGAGAUCGCCAAGCCGGACCUCACCUCGGCCCUGAAGGAGAUCCGCAGCCAGUACGAGUCCAUCGCUUCCAAAAACCUGCAGUCGGCCGAGGAGUGGUACAAGAGCAAGUUCGCCAGCCUCAGCGAGCAGGCCACCAGGACCAACGAGGCCAUGAGGGCCAGCAGGGAGGAGAUCAGUGAGUCCAGGAGGCAGCUGCAGUCCAAAACCAUCGAGAUAGAGAGCCUGAGGGGCGCCAAUGAGUCCCUGGAGAGGCAAAUCGCAGAGAUGGAGGAGGCACAAGCCGCCGAAACCACAGCCAUGCAGGACACUAUCGGCCACCUGGACACUGAGCUGAGGAACAUGAAGGGCGAGAUGGCCCAGCACCUGAGGGAGUACCAGGACCUGCUCAAUGUCAAGAUGGCGCUGGACAUUGAGAUCGCGGCCUACAGGAAACUGCUGGAGGGGGAGGAGACUCACUUUAACUCUGGGAUGUCGUUCGGUGCCGCCGGCUACGGGUACCAGCCAAAGGGCUCGGCCGGCUCCUCCCGGGGAAGCCAGAGGGAAAAAGACGGGGUCAAGAAGGAGAGCUUCAAGGAGAGCAGCGAGGAGAAAGAUGAGGCCGACAUCAACUCCAACAACUGAAGGAAGGCAGACUGGGGAAUGUAGUCGUGCAUAGUGAGUGCGUAGAGCUGAACAUUCAGUCGUUGGGGUGAUAAUCAAUACGUUCCUUUUCCUGGAGAGUGUGUCAGUUUUUAAAGAUGGAGUAUUGCAAAAUUGUAAAGGAAUCUGACGAACAUUUGGACCAAAUGCACUGUGCAUAUCCAGAGGAAAUGGAUAAUGCUGAAGAAAUUUAAACAUUAAAGAUGCAUCAAGAAUUUGAAAGUUGCGGUUGUGCGACAUUUAACUUACAAAAAAGAAAACUAUUGUUAGUGGGGGUUCCACGUCUCUGUUGUUGUAUCUUUUCAUGUUGCACUGUUAAACUGCAAUGCGAGUAGAAAUAUACUUAUUAGAGCACCUCAGGCCGCGUUACAUUGUGUUUGAUUUCAUUGCAAAAUAUAGAUGUGCUCUGCAUUGCUAACACAACAGAUACAUUGUUCUGUGUUGGAAAAGUAAUUAAAAAGGAAUAGCAACCAUGGUUUAUUCCCUUACACUGCAAAGCAUUAGCUGGGAAUAUUUAGAAAAGUUGUUUGUCCACCUAGCUGCACUGAUGUGUACUCCUAAAAAAAAUGCUUUCUGUGCUUUUUAUUGAGUUGCAAUGAAUAAAUUUACAUGAUGGACCAUG